UACGGAGCCAUAUGAAAAGGGUUAGUGUCUUUCCAGGGAAUACAUUUGCCCCUCCUAGUUCAGAGUCCUCCUCCUCUGCCUCCUCCUCCUUCUUCUCAAUGAAAGCUGCACAGCUGGCAAUUUAUAUACAAGGCUGUUCCUAAGAACUAAUUGGGUGUUUGUAGACCAUCGCCUCACAAACUGUACCUGCGUCUAAUAGAGAGCAUGAGUUAAAACUAAAAACUGUGAUUUUUAUGAGAGGGUUUAGAUCUGGAUCUUCAGACUCCGCUGGAACCGUUAUAACCUCCUCCUCCAAAGCUACAACGAUGGGAAAGCCCAGGCACAGACAACAGUUGGUGCUCACCCUACUGUUCGGGCUGUGGUUUCCUUGUUGUUUAACCCAGACCACACCACCAAGCAGGACCAACCUGGGCCCAACCCCAUCAUCAUCCCCUCAGACCGAACGGCUGAAGGUCAGACUAGCUGGAUAUCCCCGGAAACACAACGAGGGGCGGAUAGAGCUGUUUUAUAAGGGGGAGUGGGGAACCAUCUGUGAUGACGACUUCUCUACAGCCAACGCCAACGUUCUCUGUCGUCAGAUGGGUUUCGUUUCAGCUACAGGGUGGACCCACAGUGCCAAAUAUGGAAAAGGUCAAGGUAAAAUCUGGCUGGAUAACGUUUUGUGUAACGGAGGUGAGAAAAGCAUUGAAUUCUGUAAGUCUCGGGGCUGGGGCAACAGCGACUGCACUCACGACGAAGACGCUGGCGUUGUUUGCAAAGAUGAGAGGAUUCCCGGCUUUGUGGACUCCAAUGUGAUCGAUACACAAGUGGAUGAGAGCAAGGUGGAGGAGGUGCGACUCCGCCCAGUUGUUGUCACGGCCAAGAAGAAGCUGCCCAUUACGGAGGGCGUGGUGGAGGUGAAACACAAAGAUGGCUGGGCGCAGAUUUGUGACCUGGGAUGGACAAUCAAAAACACUCGUGUGGUCUGUGGCAUGCUGGGAUUCCCACAUGAAAGGAAGGUCAACAAGAACUUUUACAAACUGAAAAAGCAAGCAGCUGAGAAGGUCUCCAGUCCAAAGGCUGGUAGAAGGAAGUCAUCCAUAGCUAAAGAUAAACCGAGCAGUCCUGGCAAAAGGUUGUAUUUGGAGCGUCAGAAGAACUUCUUCCUCAUUCACUCUGUGGGCUGUACCGGCACCGAGGUCCACCUCGCAGCCUGUCCCAUGGAGUUCAGCAAACCCAACGCCACAUGGCCCUGUACAGGAGGCAUGCCCGCUGUUGUCAACUGCAUGCCCGGCCCACUUUUCACGCAAAACAGCAGUUUGAAAAAGAAAAUCAAAGUUUCGAGCAACGUGAGGCUGAAGGGAGGUGCCAGGAUGGGAGAAGGCCGGGUGGAGGUUCUGAAGGACAGCGAGUGGGGGACCGUGUGUGACGACCGCUGGAACCUGCAGUCAGCCAGCGUGGUCUGCAGGGAGCUGGGCUUCGGCAGCGCAAAGGAGGCCCUGACUGGAGCACGCAUGGGACAAGGGAUGGGUCCGAUCCACAUGAACGAGGUGAAGUGUCUUGGAAACGAGAAGUCGGUCUGGAGCUGCCCAUUUAAAAACAUCACCGCUGAAGACUGCAAACACGUGGAGGAUGCUGCGGUCCGCUGCAACACGCCUUACAUGGGCCUCGAGAACUCGAUCCGAAUUACAGGAGGACGAACACGCCACGAGGGCCGUGUUGAGGUCCUGAGCUCGGACUCUGAUGGGACAGAGACAUGGGGUCUGAUCUGUGGUGAGAACUGGACCACCAAAGAAGCCAUGGUGGCCUGCAGGCAGCUGGGUCUAGGCUACGCUAACCAGGGCCUGCAAGAAACCUGGUACUGGGACAGCAGCAAUGUGACGGAGAUGGUGAUGAGCGGUGUGAAGUGCACAGGAAACGAGAUGGCUCUGAGCCAAUGCCAACAUCACAAAACCGUCAACUGCCAAAGAGCUGCAGCAAAGUUUGCAGCUGGAGUCAUCUGCUCAGAGACGGCCUCUGAUCUGGUCCUGAAUGCAUCUCUUGUCCAGCAGACGGUUUAUAUUGAGGAUCGUCCUCUGCAUAUGCUUUACUGUGCUGCUGAGGAGAACUGCCUGUCCAAAUCUGCUGCUAAAGCCAACUGGCCAUACGGACACAGACGACUGCUUCGAUUCUCAUCUGAGAUCCACAACAUUGGGCGAGCUGACUUUAAGCCGAAAGCAGGACGCCACUCGUGGGUCUGGCACGCCUGUCAUGGUCAUUAUCACAGCAUGGAUAUCUUCACCCACUACGACCUGCUGAAUGCAAACGGUACCAAGGUGGCAGAGGGUCACAAAGCCAGCUUCUGCCUGGAAGACACCGACUGUCAGGAGGGUGUAUCUAAGAGGUACGAGUGUGCCAACUUUGGUGAUCAGGGCAUCACGGUCGGUUGCUGGGAUUUGUACCGCCAUGACAUCGACUGCCAGUGGAUCGACAUCACAGAUGUCAAACCUGGAAACUACAUUUUACAGGUUGUCAUCAAUCCAAAUAAUGAAGUGGCAGAAAGCGACUUUACCAACAACGCCAUGAAAUGCAACUGCAAAUAUGACGGACAUCGGAUCUGGCUGCAUAACUGCCACAUUGGUGAUGCACUCAGCGAGGAGGCAGAGAGGAGAUUUGAGAAAUAUCCUGGACAGCUGAACAACAAGAUCUCCUAAAACAUCAACAGAGAGCUAGCUAACUCGGAGAGGAAACCAAAAAACCUUCAGUUCAGGUGCUAACAUGGAUCUCUGCCAUGUAAUCUUUGAAUAGUAUGUCUUGUUUUACACUUGAAUAAUCAAGUGUAAUUCUUUUCUAAUCUAAAUAAGCUUAUGCUUCUUUUUUUCUUUUUUUUGCAGACUUAAAGUUGGUGUAUGAUAAAUGUAAAACCUUCUCUUGAUGGUUUUCCUUGUUUUAAAAAUCAAAAAAAUCAUGUAUUUUUCUUUUUUGUGUUUUAUUUGGUUUUAGUGUGCAUAUUUUGACCUUGGAACCAGAUGAAUCUGUGAGCUGGUGUCUUAAUUUCUUUGGCCCUGUGUCCUUAUCUGGUUGUCAGCAGGUUAAACACUCCUGCCUGCAGGAGAACUAAUCUCAGGCAUCUCCAGAGAAAGAUGCAGCUCCUCCUGAAUCAGGCCUGACUUGGUCUCAACUUGAUGCUUCACUCCGAAUUGCUCAAGCAUUUCAUGUAAAUGAACACGAACACACAACCUCAAGGCUUUCUGUAUCUACAUUUGAACAUGUUUUUUUAAUCACCUAGUCAGUAUUUGUGAAUAUAUUUAUUGUCACCAUCAAGGUGCUCAAAACGUGUUCCCGAGUGAUCAAAACCGGUGUGACACUGCUUCAGUCUAGAUUCACUUCAGGCUGUAGAGUCAAGGCUGAACUGUAAAAACAACACCCGCCUGUUUAUGCUGAUGUAACCACACCUUCUACACCAAAUAAAGCCAAACGGAAAUGAUCAACUGUUUCUAAGACAUUAAACAUCUGCGAUCCAAACUCA